AUGUCCGCUCUCACCAGCAAAGCGCUGCAGGAGCAGCUGUCCGCCAUCAUGGCCGCGCUGACCGCGGCGGCGGUGGCGGAGAUCUGCGAGCUGGUGGACGAGGGCUACGCGGAGCUGCAUCUGGAGAUCAGCCGCAGCCACCGGGAGAACGAGGACCUGAAGCAGAAGCUGCACCUCAUCGAGUCCAUCGUGGUCCGGGGCAGCGGCGGCGGGGGGAAGGCGGCGGAGCCGGAGGUCGAAGCGGCCGCGGAGGUGUCCCAUGAGGCGGGGACACCUCCGCGGCGGGACGGAGGAGCCGCGGGGCUUCAGCGGGAGGAGCUUCCAGAGGUGGUGUUGAUCAAAGAUGAAGACUCGGACAGUAACGACACCUUUGACGAAGAUAACAAAACGAUGGCUGUGACCAGAGAGGCUGCCAUUUCGACUCCGGUCAGCCGAAGCGUGAAGAGACGCUGGCCGGGACACGAAGAGGCGGAGAAGCAGUCGUCCUCCGAGCAGCUCACACUGAAAACUUCCAAACUGACCGCGGGGACGCCGAAGACGAGCGUGGUCGUCUACACUCUGGACUCCCCUCGCAGCGAGCCGGGCUGCUCCGGUCAGUUUGGCGGCGAGGAGGUGAAGGCUGACUCCUCACAAAUGGACCCAGACGUCCACCUGGUCCAUCAGGAGUGCUCGAUGAUUUCUCCGAGCUCAAACAGACAGACUUAUUUUGGGAGCGGCUCUCUGAUCGAGUCUCCGACCAACAGAGGGGAAAUGGAUCUCAGUCUCACGUGGUCCAAACACUCAAAGAGUCAGAUGCCGUUUCCUCAGUUUCACCAGAAUGAAAACGUGGAUGUUGAUGGUUUCGGGCUGAAGCUGAUCAGCGUUUCGGGAUCGACCUCCACAGACUGCCAACUCUCUGAGAGCAGCAACUCUGCGUUUGAGUAUGAGGACGCUGACAUGAUGAACUACGCCCUCUACAGGGACCCGUCCGGUCCAUCCCAGGUCGGGCAGCCGAGCAGCGACUGCUUAGGGAAGCGCUUCAUAUGCUCCAUGUGCAACAAGACGUACGCGACGUCCCAGAACCUAGACGUUCACAUGCGUAUCCACACGGGAGUGAGGCCGUUCAGCUGCUGUCAGUGCGGCAAGAAGUUCACCCAGUCGGCGCACCUGAAGUCGCAUCUGAGCGUUCACUCCGGAGAGCGGCCGUACGCGUGCACGUUCUGCUCCAGGAGCUUCAUCGUCAAGUACAGCCUCAAGUUACACAUGAAGAAAUGUCACCCAACCGUCAAAGGGAAUGAGUGUGUUCUGUAAAUACAACGUUCAGUUAUUGAAUGGUGCAGGAGCAAAAUGAGCCCCGGCGGUUUUCACCUAAUAAUCAUUUGGGAUCAUGAAGAAAUAAUUGUUAUAAUUUUACCAGAAAAACGUUUUUCUGUCUUUUAACACGAUGAUGACUGAAUGAUUGAUUUUUAUGAAAUUACAUGUUAUUUAGCUGAUGCUUUUAUCCAAAGCGACUUACAAUUAGUGCAUUCAACAUUUAUGAGGGGCCAGUCAGGGUUCAGCAUCUUGCCCAAGGACACUUCGGCAUGCAGGGAUCGAACCACCAUUCUUCUGGCUGGAGGACGAUCGCUCUACCCCUCAGCCACAGCGCCACAUUUGUUUUAUAGAAUUCUUUUAGAAAAGAAUCCCCAGUUUAGAGUAUCUCAUUCUUAUUUUAGAGUGACACUUCAAAGUUUAACUUUUGUGUACAGAUCAGUGUUUUAUAAAAAAGGCUGAUGGUUGUGUAAAGAGCUAAACACAUAAAUGCAGUCGGCCUUUCCUGUUAAUAAAAGUGUGGAAUCGUUUUGUAUUGGUUAAUGGGUUUGUUGAAGGUGAAUUCAAAUUUCUCUUGAGGAAUUUAAGAUAUAAAAAUGUCCAAUGUUGUAGUUUAUUAAACUUUGUUGAAGCAGUAAUUUUAUUUUAAUCUUUUUUCUUGUACGAUUAAACUGUUUUCCAGAGAAAUCAAA